AUGCAAGACAUCGCCUCUAAAGAGCCCGAUUCACUUCGAAUUGUACCAGUUGAGUCAGAUCCUGAUCAAUACCCCGAAGGAGGCCUGAAGGCCUGGUCUGUAGUCCUUGGGGCAUGGUGUGCGAUGGUGCCUUCUAUGGGACUUUUAAAUAGCCUGGGAGCUCUGCAACCUUGGACAAGUACCCAUCAGCUCAAGGAUUAUUCUGAGUCAAGUAUCGGUUGGAUUUAUGGAACAUACACAUUUUUUCUUUUCUUAGGAGGUGCACAAUUUGGUGGGAUCCUUGAUUCCCAUGGACCACUAUAUGUGGUGCUUCCGGGCUCUAUCGGGAUAGUACUCUCAUUAAUCUUUUUGAGCUUCAGUCAGGGUGCGUUUCUCAUAUCUAUUCCUUUCUCUUAUUGCAAUAUCUUCAUCGCCAGUUCACGCACCCCCGAGCAAGAAAUAAAGUCUAACUGUCAACAAGAAUAUUAUCAGAUAUUUUUGUCAUUCAGCGUUCUUGGUGGAAUAUCAGCAAGCACACUUUUCACGCCUCCCUUGGCGGCUGUUGGCCAUUGGUUCAAUGUUCGACGUGGUUGGGCAACUGGAGUGGCCUGCACAGCGGGAGGCGUUGGGGGUUGCAUAUUUCCCCUGAUAAUUCUUUUUGCGGCUCCCCGCAUCGGAUUUGCAUGGGCAAUUCGAAUCAUCGCACUCGUAUGUGCAGUGUUAUGCUCAAUUGCAUGCCUCAUGGUCCGAACCAGACUUCCCCCCAAGAAAGCAGUCGCAUCCCUCGAUUUUAAGGCCCUCAAAGAUAUCAAAUACGGAUCUGCGACGUUGGCCGUCUUCUUUGCUGAAUUUGCCGCUUUCAUUCCAAUCACCUAUGUCACGUCCUAUACACUUCAUGCCGGCUUCGAUGAACAAAUGUCAUAUGCGAUCCUUGUCUUUCUUAAUCUCGGUGCUGUGUUUGGAAGAUUUCUACCAGGACUGGUGGCUGAUCGGCUGGGUCGCUUCAACGUUAUGACCGUGAAUUGCUUGAUGUGUUCCCUGUUUACGCUCAUCCUUUGGCUAUCGGGGGAUCUGGUCGAGCCCGACAGCUUGGGAAUUGUCAUCAGCUACGCUGUGCUGUUCGGCUUCUGGAGUGGGUCGGCUAUCAGUAUUGCACCGGUUUGUAUUUCACAGGUCUGCGAAAUCCAAGACUAUGGAAAGAGAGUUGGAACUACAUGGACGCUAGUCUCCUUUGGUACCCUCAUUGCUCUCCCUAUUGCAGGUGCUAUCCAACAGCACAACAAUGGGGAGUAUUACGGGCUGAUUAUCUUUGGAGGCGUGCUCUAUAUUACGUCUACCAUUGCCUUCAUCGUGUCUCGUGGCAUUUGCAAAGGAUGGGCUUGGGGGGUCAAAUUUUAG